AUGGCGGUACUGCCGGAAGUGCCUGUGACGGCGGAAGAUGUGAGGAUCGAAUACAUUCAACUAUGCAGAUCUGAUAAUCAGACUCCAGAAGAAAUUGAUCGACUUCGCCAAAGGAUCUGGAAGUUCCGACACCUCUUGAUCGGCAAAGGAAAUGCCCUCCCGCCGGCGGCCAGAGGUGUGGUAUGCGACAUCGAUGUCGGAGGAGCGAGGCCUAUCGCCCUGAACCUAACUCGAGUGAUGAUCUACCCAAUGCCCUUGGUCAACGACUUACUCGAAAAUCCGAAGUCGACACUUUGGUACUGUUCUUUGGAUAUGGCGAGCGGAUUUUGGGUAGUGAAAAUGACGGAUCGAGCUCGUUUGAUCUCGGCUUGUAUCACUCCCUUUGUGUUAUUUGAGUGGAAUCGAAUGGUCUUCGGCUUGAAGAAUGCGCCCCAGAUUUAUCAACGUAUGAUCGACAACGCACUAUAUGGGUUUACCCGGAUCCCGAAGUCUGAAGAUCACGAAAGUACUUUGGAUGUGUUUGAGGACGGGGUACCCGGUGGAUUCAGGCAAGACAUCGGUGCUUGGGCAUCAUAUAUCGGCGACAUCCUGAUCCCCGCUGAUAACCGGGAUCAACUAUGUGACCGAGUCGAGGGGUUGAUCGAAGCGUGUGAUAAGUGGAAUCUGGCGAUCAGCGUGGUUAAGAGCUUCUGGGGGAUGGCUAAGGUGGAAUAUCUGGCGAACCCGAAAGACCUGUCGGCUUUGACGGAUCUAGCAUUUCCAGGAUCACUAAGAGCUAUGCAGUCAUUUUGGGGAAGUCUGAACUAUUACAGCCGAUUUAUCGAAGACUACGCGAUCUACGCGUCAGUUCUGUAUGAAUUACGAGAAACCGACUUCGCUGCAAUGAUGAAGGAAGCUACCCAAGCGCGGAUCCAACAAGUACUGGAAGAAGAGGAUGGUGUCGACCACCGAAAGACCUUAGAUCUGGAGGCGCCGGAUCCUACUGAGGUAGAUCCGCGUUGGACCCAUGCCCAUCGGUCUUUAACUGUGCUUAAAACUAGGAUCGCUACAACUUCGAUCUUACGGCACUUUGACCCAGAUCGGAAGGCUUCAGUUGUGGUGUAUGCUAGCGAUUGGGCCAUUUCGGGAUCAUUGAUGCAGGAAUACGAUCAGAUCUACUACUGUGAAGCCUCGAAUGAGCUAAACUAUGGCAUCGCGGAGAAGGAGGUAUUAGCCCUUCUGAGGAUCCUGUAUCUUGACUAUAAUGCGUUGGUCGGACGUCCGAUCCACGUGUUGACCCGACAUUCAACAUUGGCUUGGAUCUUCAGAUCCACAGUUUUACAAGGACGUCUAGGACAGUGGGCGGCUCUGUUGUCGCCCUGGACACCGGAGAUCACCAAGUGUGUCAAAGGAGAGGACGAAAUCUUGGGAGCACUGGUGGCCAGUAUCACCCUUAGAUCAGAAGUGGAUAGGUCAUUGAUCUCAAUUGCCCCUAAAAAGGAGCCAAGACGCAAGAUCCAAGCUCUGAUCCCCACUAUUAGACGCGAUGAGGAGCUAUACGUCGUUAGUUUCGAUGGAUCUGCUCCCGUCAAGAGGGAUGGAGGCGCCUAA